CCAAAGCAGCAGACUGAAGAAAGCUUACGCCACAGAAAAAGAAAAAAAUGGCGGAAUUCGUGGAAGCAGACAAUGCAGAAGCCAUAAUUACAAGGAUCGAACAUAAGUCCCGCAAGAUUGAAAGCCUACUCAAACAGUAUAAACCAGUGGAAGCUUUGAAGACAGCUCUCGAAGGAUCCCCUCCCCAGACCAAAGACGAACGUUGUAAGUCUGCGAACUGGAUUGUGGUACAUAGGGCGAUAAUGGCGAUAAAGGAUUUCGAUAGUUUGUUCUCGUCUCUUGAUGCUGAGUACUAUGAUGUUCUCAUGAAGUACUUAUAUAGAGGCUUAUCUACUGGAGAUCGCCCGACGUGUGAUCAAUGCUUAAAGAUCCACGAAAAGCUGACGGAGAAAGCUGGCUUGGGCUGCAUUUUACGCUCGCUCGCCGACAAAGUUAAUACCGUCUAAUCCUUCGAUUGUACGUAAUUUCUUUUUUUCACCCCUAUAAUUUGUUGAUUACAUAAUUAUAAAAUCCGCAAAUUUGAGAUGUACAUCUCUGUUUGCUUCUUGAAAAGAACAAGUACAAAUAUGGGGUAUCUCUCUCUGCAUGUUUGUACAGGAUUAAUGUUUGGCUCUUAAAAUGCACUUAUUACACUGAUAGAUAAGAUCAAGAUGCUUUUUUUUAUUUUAUUUUA